AUGUCCAGCAACAGAGCAGACAAUAGGCUGGGGCUUUUCAUAUUUGCCCUGUCUAGUCUAAAGGUCAGUCUUGCCUUUCCCAAUUCCUCUCCAGUAAUCAGUUCCGGAUGGGGGACUCCAGACAGACUGAUGCACCUGUACACAGCGACAGAAUGGAACAGUUUCCACCUGCAGAUCAAUCACGACGGGCAAAUUGAUGGAUCUCCGCAUCAAACCAUUUACAGUGCCCUAAUGAUUAAAUCAGAAUCUGCUGGUAAAGUUGUCAUUACUGGUGUCAAAAGUGGGCGCUACUUAUGUAUGGACAGCUUUGGCAAUGCUUUUGGAUCACACUACUUUGACUACGAUGACUGCGUAUUCAAGCACGAAACUUUGGAGAACCGUCACGAUGUCUACCAUUCCCCGAAACACAACUAUCUGCUGAGCCUCAAAAAGCCAAAACAGUUUUUCCGCCCAGGAAUGGACUUGCCACCUUAUUCUCAGUUUUUAUCCAUGGAGAACACAAUCCCCAUCACCCGAUUUAUCACUCCUGAGCCCGUCCGACACACCAGAAGCGCUGAGCUAUUUCCUGAUCCCUUCAACAUUAGCCAAAACAAGAAGACAACUCUGAAUUACCCAACACCCAAGAACGCACAAGAUGUCAUGCCAAACUUUAAUCAAGAACCAGUAAGACGUAACCACAUGGAAAAGGUGGACCCUGAUGACCCAAUAGCCGUCAUCAACACUAGAAAAGACCAUCCACGUCAACAUUACUACAAAAGAUAA